UCCCUUGAGGCAAACCCUAAUCUACAUAACUUCACCUCCUCGCCCGCGCACCAAGUCCCUCGCCUCCUCACCCAAGCACCAAGUCCCAGCAGCCUCGCCUGCUUCUUCAGGUAAUCAUCUCUCUGCAAUAUUAUAAAGAAUCUCUCUCCGGGAAAGCAAUGGCAGUUGCAUUUUAUGACCUUGGCUUGGCAUCAGGACUGAAGAAGCUCGAUGAAUACCUCCUCACACGUAGCUACAUAACUGGGUACCAAGCUUCAAAGGAUGACGUCACCGUGCAUGCAGCACUUCCGAAGGCCCCGUCAUCUGAAUUUGUCAAUGUAUCUAGGUGGUAUAACCACAUUGAGGCUCUAUUGAGGAUUUCUGGUGUUUCUGAAGAGGGGUGUGGUGUUAUUGUUGAGGGUUUGGCUCCAAUCACUGAGGAGGCAGUGGCAACUCCCCCUGUUUGUGACACAAAGUCUGCAGCUGCAGAGGAUGAUGAUGAUGAUGAUGUGGAUUUGUUUGGUGAAGAGACUGAAGAGGAGAAGAAGGCUGCUGAGGAACGUGCAGCUGCCGUCAAGGCAUCUGGAAAGAAGAAAGAAUCGGGAAAGUCGUCGGUGCUGUUGGAUGUGAAGCCAUGGGAUGAUGAGACUAACAUGCAAAAGCUUGAGGAAGCAGUAAGAAGUGUCCAAAUGGAAGGGUUGCUUUGGGGAGCAUCCAAGCUCGUACCUGUGGGCUAUGGUAUAAAGAAAAUGCAAAUUAUGAUGACCAUUGUGGACGAUUUGGUUUCGGUCGACACUCUCAUUGAGGACCAUCUUACGGUUGAGCCGGUGAAUGAAUAUGUCCAGAGCUGCGACAUUGUUGCUUUCAACAAAAUAUAACUUACGUGAUGUUUUGAGGUUGUGCCGGCGUGGCUUCUUGUUGACUUUGCAGCUGAUAUUUGGUGUCUUAUCUCCCUGAAUUCUAUGCAGAACUAGAUGCAAGAGACGUAUUUGUAUCUUCGUGAUGUUACAAUUUUUGACUUGAUCUUUUAAUUCUUUCGAUGUCAAGUGCAAUACAUUAUUUGCUGCGGAAAUAAAGUUUUUGAUUGAAUCUCUGAGGCUA